AUGUCGGAACAAAUCCAAAAGCUAGAGGAUGAGAUUAAAUCUCUGCUGCUCGAGUCAGCCUUUUCUUCACAUCGCUUGACUUGUCACAGACUUGCAGAUAUUCUGGGAAAAUGCCACACCCAACUACGAGACUCAUCCGUAGCUACGACGCGCUUGCUCGAAGAAGAAGGUGCUGGUCAACUGAGGUGGCUACAGGAUAUGCUCAAUUUCGAACAGAUGCAAUCGCGGAGUACGCUAUGGGAAACGAGAAAAGUCUCAAGGCCUCAUGGAACAAUGUCAAUCGACGAGGGCAGUAUUGAUCGUCUGGUAGACGAGCUUGAAGCUGGGGUAGAGGCGCUUGCCUAUAUUCUUGACGUCCCGUGCGCAUCAAGUACCGGCGAACCAUGGACCUACGUCUCCUAUUACAGAUCGUGGCAUGAUCCACGACCUAAUCACAAAGAUGUGGUAUCGGAAGAGGAAAUAAUAGGUUCCACUGACGAUGGGUGUCUCGAAGAGUUGAUCCCAUUCACGGACAAGUAUACCUACAUAUAA